GCACCGUCCUAUAUUGCGCAAUCGAAGACAGCGCCAUGGGGAAGAGAAAAGUCGCGGCGCUCGAGAAGAUUGAAGCGGAUCUUGCUGGUCUCCAGUAUAAGAUUCGGAAAGACCCAGAGGCAUACGAAAAAGAGUUCAUUGAGAAUUGGCAACAAUUUGAUGCAGCGCAUGAAAAAUUCCUUGCCGCUCCCGUAGGAGCCGACUCAAACUCCCUGAUAACCUUCCGUGAGCAGAUAGAUCUAAUUGCCCAUUGCGCCGAAUUGUAUCCUCAGAUCACCGCAACAUUCCCCGACGCUCUUAAAGAUGUCCUUACCAAACAUCAUGCCGUAUUAGAACCGACACUACGGGAGAAAAUUGUUUCCAGCCUUACUCUACUAAGGCGAAAAGAUGUUAUCGACAGCAACUUCCUACUCACCACCUUAUUUCCGAUCCUCAUUAGCACUCCGUCGAAGUCUUUACGCAUGAUCCUCUACCAGAAAAUAUUAAGCGACAUACGGAAUACGAACACGAAGACGACAAAUCAUAAAGUGAAUCGGACCAUGCAGACUGUGCUCUACAAUCUUGUCACCUCGGAUAGAUCAUCGCCGAAAGCUUUAUGGGCUGUGAAGCUAGUACGAGAAUUAUGGCGUCGCCAAAUCUGGGCGGAUGCUAGGACUGUUGAUAUUAUGCGCCAAGCAUGUUUAGCGGAUUGCGAAAAGGUGAUCAUUGGGGGCGUAAGGUUCUUUUUAGGGGGAGACAAGGAACGCGAUGAGUUUGAGGAUGAAAGUAGCGACGAGGAAACGGUUGAUAUCAAGAAGGUUAAGCACUUGAUUGAGAUCAACAAGAAGACAAAGAAGUCUAAAAAGGCUUUUGAUCGGGCCGUCGAUCGAGUUAAGAGACAGGAACGCAAGAAGAAUGCGUCUCAUCCACUCAACUUCUCGGCUUUGCACUUACUACAAGAUCCUCAAGGAUUUAGCGAGAACCUUUUCGAGAAGCAACUUCAAAACUCAAAGUCCAAAAUCGCUCUCGAGAGCAAGCUCCUGGUUUUACAGCUUGUCACACGUCUAGUUGGGUUACACAAGCUUACAGUCAUCUCCUUAUACUCCUGGUUCAUCAAACAUCUCACUCCAAGACAACAGUCAGCUUCAUCUUUCCUAGCGUCACUCGCCCAAGGGACGCAUAACCUGGUACCACCAGACGCAAUUGAGCCUUUGAUACAAAAGAUUGCGAACGAAUUCGUGUCUGAGGCGUCCGCUUCAGAAGUUUGUUCUGCAGGUCUCAAUGCGAUCCGCGAGAUCUGUGCCCGACAACCGCUGGCUAUGAAUGAGACAUUGCUCCAAGAUCUAGUCGAGUAUAGGAAGAGUAAAGACAAGGGUGUCAUGAUGGCUGCGAAGGGUCUGCUCUCGCUAUACCGCGAAAAGGGCGCAGACAUGCUACGGAAAAAAGAUCGUGGCAAGGACGCGACUAUAGGACUCAAGAGUGGCGAUUUGAAGCAGCUUAGGUUUGGUGAGGAGGAGGUUGGUGGAAUCGAUGGCCUUGAACUUCUGGCAAAAUGGAAGGAAGAGCAAAAAGUGCGGAAACGGGCGGAACGGGGUAUACCUGAAGGGGAAGAAGGUGCUGGAAAUCCUAAAGGCGAAAACGAAGAGGAUGGAUGGAAUUCAGAUGACUGGGAGGUAGCAUCAUCGGAUAGCAGUGAUUCUGGCGAAUGGAUUCGAGUGAGCGAUUCAGAGGAUGAAGCAGAGCCUGAGCCUGACACGAAGAGGCAAAAGACCGGAUCGGAAGACCUAGGAGGAGAGGACAAAGAGAAUGCGGGAGAUGAAGCUAUCGAUUUCUUGAAAUUGGCCACAACCCAAAUUCUGACCCCAGCCGACUUGGCUAAGCUCCGCGAAUUGCGAUUAGAGGCCAGCGUCAACAAGGCUAUGGGAAAUCGAAAACGCAAGCAAGAGAUGGAAUCACGACACAUUGACGAAGGCUUGACGGCAGAGCAGAUCGAGGCUCCAUCUAAACUUCGCAAGAGUACCAAGGAGGAGCGGAUAGCCUUGGCCAAAGAGGGUAAGCCGGAUCGUGAGGAGCACAAGUCCACGCAGGCUAUACGCAAAUCCAAGAAGGACGCCGAGGGCAAAUCCACAACCAACAAGGAGAAAGCACGUAGGAAAAACUUUAUGAUGACGCUAGGCAAGGCGAAGUCGAAGCAGAAGCGAAGUCUGGUAACGACAAGGAAUAUUUUGAAAAAUCAUAUCGAGAGGAGCAAAUCUGGAGGUAGGAGGCGAAAUGGCCAAUCACGAUAAUCAGCGAGAUAGACGAUAUUGCACGCAAAAUAACCCCUGAAUAUUCAAUACCACAACCCCAUGUCAUCAUAUUGUGCAGUCGAUAUCACCUUCCGAACCUACCUAGCCUUGUAUGAGUGAUGGGUAAUUAGGUAGGUACCUAAGGUUAGGUACCUAACUUUGUAGAAGCAGGACCGCCCCACAUAUUAAUUUGGAGACCUUUCUUCCCCUUUUUGGC